AUGACAAUCUGUGAGGACAACCCCACCCAGGUCGGAGGACAUAUUGGCGAAGAUGUUCAUAGUCCUGUGCGACCUCAACCUGAUAUGCAACAGACUAGAGCGGAACCGAGCUUGAGCACUGAAACCCGCCAUGUGUCGACAGCUGCCUUCGAUCCAACCACACUCAUGAACGCCUUCGCUGCUCAAAUGCAGGAACUGGUCCGAAGCAACGAUGCCAAAUUCACGACUCUUACCGCACAGAUUUCUAGCUUGCAACAAGAGAGUCCGCUUAGACGACGAAACCUCAUCAGCGACUUUCAGGGAGAGCGAGACCCGCAGCACACAGCGGCACGGUCGGUAAUACAGCAACAGCAACAGUUCGAAAGCCCAUCCCAGCAAGUGCGAGCUCAGCCGACUGCACGCGACCUAGAAAUCGAACGGAUGCAGGCCCAACUGCGAGAGAUCAGUUCCAAAUUCCACCAAGCCAACAGCUCGGCACCUGAUAUCGACCGCAUAAUCCAGGAAGCACAGAAAACACCAUUCACUUCCCGAAUUACCAACGUUCCCGUCCCCAAUCUAGAGAAGUUCAAACUGCGUUCGUAUGAGGGAAACUCGGACCCAAGGCAUUUCCUUACAUCGUUCGGCAUCGUCGUGGCAGACUGCACGGUGGAUGACGCAGCCGCCCUCGAAGCGCUAUACCAGAAAACGUGGUACAAAUCCCCCUUUCAUAAGGAGCUUCGCAGGAAUAGACCACUCACUCUCGAGGACGCGCUUCACAAAUCGAACCUUUUCAUCGCGGAAGAAGAGGAGGAAGCCGCCAAGGAUCGGCAGUAUUCAGCGUCAAAGCCCGACCAAACAUUGACUGUCGAAGACAACUCGGAAACAAAAACCCAGUCCGGCAAGCAACGCGGAGUAGUGAACCAGGCCGGGCCAUCAAAGCACAAGUCAGGACGGCCACCAAAGUCUUGGAACACAUGGAACAGAGAAGACGAUACACCGCUGAGUGAAUGUUUUUGCGAGUACCACGAGCGAUAUGGGCACAGCACGAAAGAAUGCCGGCAUUUGAGGGACUUCCUACUUCAACAGUUCCGCAAGGGGGAGGUCGCCACCACGGAUUUGCCUAAGCCCGGACCCCGACGGCCGAACCUGCGACAAAACAAACCCGGGAACCAGGAGACCGCGAAGGCAGCUAAGUCCGACGAAGAGCAGGCCACCCCACCUAAACGAGACCGUGAAGCGCCUAAACGGGAAACGAACGUUCCCAAAACCAGGAAGAAGGUCAACAUGAUCAUGGGAGCCCUCGAAUCAUGCAACUACUCCGUCAGAGCACUGAAGGAGUAUAGCCGGCAGGCAUCGAGUUCGCAACCCCAGACAACGGUAGCCACUGUACCACUAUUAUUCACUAAUGCCGACCUGCGGGGAGUGUAUAUGCCUCAUAACGAUUGCCUCGUCGUCGAACUUCAACUCGGAGACGUUGAAGUAAGUAGAAUACUUAUUGACACCGGAAGCUCGGUAAACGUCAUAUUCAAAGAAACUAGAACAGUCGGAACGGUGAAGAUACCAAUCUAUGUUGGUGGGUCAGCACGGAUGAUCAAAUUCUUAGUCCUCAACAAGCCGGCGAUAUACAAUGCUAUUUUGGGAACAUGUUGGCUGUUCGACAUGAAAGCUGCCGCAUCGACAUUCCAUCAAUGUGUUAAGUUCCCGACCCCGUCAGGGAUCUACACCCUUAAAGGAAGCCAGACCGCAUCUCGAUUAUGUCACCUUACCGAAUGCAAACUCAGCCUUGCGCAAACAUGCGUCAUCAGCCCUUUUCAGGAGGACCGCGCGGCCGCGGUUAGUCAGUUCGGGCCACCAAAGCAGAGCCGAGUCGAACAGGUCGGCAUCGACCCGACGGACCCAGAAAGAUAUGUUGGUAUUGGGGCCGAACUCGACAACAACAUUCGGGAAGCGCUCAUCAGUUUCCUCCAGAAGAACAAGAGACGCAAGCUCGGACCCGAGAAAGCACGGGCAGCCAACGAUGAGGUUGAGAAACUACUUAAAGCCGGCUUGAUCACGGAAGUUCGGUAUCCGGACUGGUUAGCAAACCCGGUAGUCGUGAAGAAAAAGAACGGAAAAUGGAGGAUCUGCGUCGACUUUACCGACCUGAACACAGCAUGUCCCAAAGACAGUUUCGCACUACCCCACAUUGAUUGUUUGGUAGAAGCGACAGCCGGCAAUGAACUGUUAUCUUUCAUGGAUGCUUUCUCGGGGUACAACCAAAUACUGAUGCAUCCGGAUGAUCGGGAAAAGACUUCGUUCAUCACAGAUCGGGGAAUCUACUGCUACAAAGUCAUGUCCUUCGGCCUCAAAAACGUAGGCGCCACGUACCAAAGACUCGUAAACCGUAUGUUCGCCAGUCAGCUCGGGAAGACGAUGGAGGUGUACAUAGACGACAUGUUGGUUAAGUCUCUGUACGCCAAGGACCACAUAGCACACCUAUCGACGUGUUUCAAUAUCCUUAACGAGUACGCAGGAGAUUUCCUCGGCUAUAUCGUCACAGAGCGUGGUAUUGAGGCCAACCCUAAGCAGAUAUCUGCAGUCUUGGACCUACCUUCCCCGACUUCAAGGAGAGAAGUUCAAAAGCUCACAGGUCGGAUCGCCGCUCUGAACAGGUUUAUUUCCAGGUCGACCGAUAAGUGCUUGCCGUUUUACCAGUUGUUACGAGAUAACAAGCAUCAUACUUGGAGUGCAGAGUGCGAAGACGCCUUCAAGCAGCUGAAAACAAUCCAGAUAUCCAACCUUAGAAAAUUGGCGCUCGCAGUGGUAGUUUCUGCUCGGAAGCUUCGACCGUACUUCCAGUCUCAUUCUAUCACCGUCCUGACCGACCAGCCGCUCCGCACCAUUCUUCACAGUCCAAGCCAGUCAGGUCGCCUCGCAAAAUGGGCCGUCGAACUAAGCGAGUACGAGAUGGAAUACAAGAAUCGAACCAGUGCAAAGUUCCAAGUACUGGCCGAUUUUCUGAUCGAGCUUCCUAAAGAAUUCGUCGUCGAACAGCCGCCCCACGAACUGUGGACAUUGCACGUUGAUGGAUCAUCAUCGCACCGAGGAUCGGGUGUCGGAAUUCGCCUGAAAUCCCCGAACGGCGAAAUCCUCGAACAAUCAUUCCGUCUUGAGUUCCCAGCAUCCAACAACGAGUCUGAAUACAAGGCCCUACUUGCCGGACUGCGACUAGCUAAGGAACUUGGCGUAAAACAUCUUCACGCCUUUUGCGAUUCGCAGCUCGUUGCAAGCCAGCUAAGUGGUGAGUACACGACUAAAAACGACCGAAUGGAUGCGUACUUGAGAGCAACUAAGACGCUCAUUUUGGAGUUUGAAACGUUCAAACUCACAAAAAUCCCUCGCGGAGAGAAUUCGUCAGCAGAUGCCUUAGCCGCUCUAGCCUCCAGUUCCGACCCACACAUGAAGAGAAAAAUCCCGGUCGAGAGCAUCUACGAGCCAAGCAUCAAAACCGUACAGGAAUGUAACGUUGCCACCCAGCGACGGAACUACGACGAAAACCCAAACCCGAUCCCGCCAAAAAUGCAAUGA